AUGGCAGACUUCUUACUCAAGCCUAUUGCUAUAGGCAUUUGUGUUGGUAUUUUAUGUUUAUCAUCAAUAUUAAUAAACAUUAGUGUACUGACUACAUUGAAAACAAAGAGAUUCUUGUCAGCAAAACAUUCAGGAGUUUAUAUCUUGUCAUUUGGCUACAUUCUAGCAGAUGUUUGUACUCAACUAAUCAUGUUAUUGUAUGUUAGCCCAUGUAUUGUAUUCCAGGUGAGUGGCAUAAAAUAUUUUUGGGAAGUAAAUUUGUGUAGCUUGGCACUGUUGUAAAACGUCAUUAGAAAGCUAUACACUUUGUUAUAGAAGUAUUUUUGAUAUGUUAUAGAGCCUCAUAGCACAGUAUCAAAAUUUUGAAAAAGUCUUGUCGUCAUUGAGCCUGCAAAGCUAUUUCUUAUCAGCGACAUGACUUGUUUUGGCAUUUUAGUGUCACCCUUAGUAUAAUCUUUAUACCACAGUAAAAAAAGUAAUUUCCUAACCCUAGCACUACAAUACAGCCCCAUUUUUCAGUCCUUCCUAGUACCUACCCGCGAUCACUUUCUAGUCAACUUCAUGGGCCUUAGCUGGUUAACUUGUUGA